AUGGCUGGGAAUACGACCGAGGUGUCAACAGGACACCUUUCCUCCCCGGAGACGGACUCGGACUUCAAGUUUACAGCGCUUUCCGACUGUAAUGAGACUCCGACAUUUUUUCCCGCGCGUGACGUACGUCAUUUCCUUUUUGGGAAUAGUGGUAUUCGAGCCGCUGCACCGCCGCGUUCUCGUUCUUCAUCUCUUCCUCACUCGCACACCACGCAUAUAUCCAUAGAGGAUUCCAGCGACGACAUCUACGCUAGGGAUCCCUCUAUUUCCAACUCGGAACUGCUCAAAUCCGUGUUUGACGAGCUCGACAGGCGUGAUGUAGUGGACACGAGCCCGUCUAUCUCUGCCUCCACAGCGGGAAAGCCCAAAGAAGACUUGUCCGAGGAAAAGGGUGCGUCGGAGUCUUCAGAAGAUGAAGGCGAGCCAUGA